UAUUAUGAGAAAAUGUCAAGUAUCGCGGUUGCCAAGCGUUACUACGACAACUAUGUUUCCAUGGCUGAUGAGGAUAAUUUGGCUCCCGAAAAGCUUGCUGAACUGAAGAACUGUUUUGGUUCAUUCGACAGAAACGGAGACGGCACUAUUUCAGCCAACGAGUUUCAAAAUGCUCUUAUCCGGAUGAACAUAUACAUUCCAGCUGAUGAGAUAAAGGGCAUAAUAGAAGAGUACGAUGUGGACGGUAACGACUCGUUAGAUUUCUCAGAGUUCCUCAUGCUAACAGCCAAACUCGACCCCAGAAUAGGUCAAGAGAUCGAGAUCAACAAAGCUUUCAAACUGUUCGACAAGGACAAUGAUGGAUAUAUCACCAGGGUUGAGUUGGUGGAUGCUCUGCGAAGGUUCGGGAUCAAUGUAAGCCAAGACGAGGCAGAUGACCUAUUUAACAUUACCGACGACAACUCAGACGAUCUGAUCAACCACACAGAGUUCAAGAAUAUUUUAUACGACGCCGUGCCGCCUUCAUCCGUCCCGCUAGGAGGUCACCCAGGACAGAUCUCACCCGGAAGCAGGUCCCCAAGAGGAACCAGAAGUCCUAACGGACUUGAUCCUAAAGGAGCAAGGAGUCCUAGUGGAGCCAGAAGCCCUAAGAGAUCUCGCAGUCCUGAACUAGCUGCUAAUAUUGCAUCAUAGAAACCUUUAUCUAUCGGAUGAAAACUCAGGACCAUCUUGUAGCAAGGAAUACAACGGCGACUGUUCAUAUUAUCAUAUCUUGAAUAAC